AUGAGCUAUCAGAUCGGACAAAAUUAUUCUGCUGAAGGGGAAGCUGGCAUCAACUGUUUUGACAAUCUGCACCUGCAGGCCUCUUCCACCUACCUCUCUCUGGGUUUUUAUUUUGACCGUGAUGAUGUGGUCUUGGAAAGCGUGGGACAUUUGUUCCGCGAGCUGGCAAAGGAGACGUGUGAGGCUGACAAGAGAUUCUUGCAGCUUCAAAACCAGCACAGUGGCCGUGUCCUCUUCCAAGAUAUCCAGAAGCCAUCCCAGGAUGAGUGGGACAAAACCUUGGACGCCAUGGAAACAGCGUUGGCCUUGAAGAAGAACUUAAGCUCUGUUCUUCUGGAUCUGCACACCAUGGGUUCUUCCCACACAGACCCCCAUCUCUGUGACUUUCUGGAGAACCACUUCCUGAAUGAGGAAGUGAAACUGCUCAAGAAGAUGGGUGACCAACUGACCAACAUUAGAAGACUGGACGGCCUCCGGGCUGGGCUGGGCGAGUAUCUCUUUGAGUGUCUCACCCUCGAACACGACUAG